UGAGAGAGGCAGCAAAUCAGAAAGGGCUUGUAAACUUGCUAUCUCCCCUGCUUUAUUAGGAUUUCUUCCUCUCCUGUGUGCAACCUGGCAUUUCCCAAGACGGGAAGCAACUGUAAAAGAAAGUUUGAAGCAAAAAAGGGAGAUGAACUGAUAGUACUUCCCUGUCUCUAUAAGUUCAGGGGAAGGCAAGAGAGAGAGAGGAGCCUGGGGCAGUAACCUGGAGGGUGACCCCUUGGCCACCUGUCUUCUCUACACUUGGAACCAAGCAAAAUCACCUCAGCGAGAGCUCUCAGCAUGGAGCUAACCCCUGGAGUCUGCAGCAUGGAUAGGAGGGCAUCCCCAGUGCUGUAGCUCCCCCAGCAGCAGGCACAGUCCAUAAAUCCACUGAGUGCUGGCAACACCAAGAGGCUGUGACGUGGCAGGAAUCAGCUCUGUUCUCAGCAGAAGGUGCUGGUGGCAUGAAGAAUCGCCAUGCCGCGGAAGAAGAUCAAAGAUGACCGCACCCAUCUGAUCAGCGAAGACCAGGAUGCCGGAGAGACCAGUUAUGGGAGCCUGCACCGUGAUUUUGUUGAAAUCUCAGAGGUGAGCAACUCAAGCCAGGGCAAGCAGGACACAGCAAAUGUAUUCAGUAAUGGACACACCAGGAUUGACUUUGUCCUGGUGUGGGAAACGGCUUGCCGGGCACAGGAGGGGCAGGGGGAUGAAGGCAGUGACAGUGAGAGCACGGGAACCUGGUGGAAGACACAUGCCGUCCUCCACAAGUUCUGGCGGAAGAAGUUUCUGAACAAGCUCCAGGCCAUCGGGAUCCAGAUGGAGAAGCAUGUAGCCGAGGAUAAGAAGAAAGCUGUGCACUACCUGCUGCUGAGUGCCCGGUGGAGUGUGCUGUGUUACUAUGCAGAGGAUCUCAAUCUCCGGCUCCCCCUACAGGCCCUGGCCAAUCAGGCUUCAAACUGGUCAGCCCGCAUGCUGAGGCGGUUGGGUAUGCCCAACUUGCUGGCUGAGGAGGUCCCCAACUUACCUCUGGACCACUACACUUGCCAGUUUAAGGUGAACAAGUUGCAAUGGUUCCUAGGGAGUAAGGAACAAGACAGCUUCUUCAGCAGCACGCAGCGGCACCAAAUACUACGUGAGAUUCUGGCCACAACCCCUUAUGGCAACAUCGAGGAGGGGCAAGUUGGGGUGGACCGGCUGCUGAACGAGGGUGUCUUCACUGCUGCCUUCCCCCUGCAUGAUGGCCCCUACAAGGUGCCACCAGAGGGGCUGGACGCCAACACUCUGAAUCAGCGGCAGAUCCUCUUCCAGCACUGGGCUUGCUGGAGAAAUUGGAACAAGUACCAGCCAUUGGAUCACAUCCGCCAGUACUUCGGCGAGAAGAUUGCGUUCUACUUUGCCUGGCUAGGUUUCUACACUGGCUGGCUCUUGCCUGCAGCAGUUGUGGGCACCCUGGUCUUCAUAAUGGGUGUUUUCAUGAUGUUUGAUGACGUACCUUCGCAAGAGAUCUGUGAAAGUGAGGAUCAGUUCCAGAUGUGCCCACUCUGUAAGAAGUGCCCCUACUGGCUGCUCUCCAGCAUCUGCAGCAUGUUCAUGGCUGGCCGGCUUUUCGACCAUGGUGGGACCAUUUUCUUCAGCAUCUUUAUGACCCUGUGGGCAGUGAUGUUCUUGGAGUACUGGAAGCGGAUGAAUGCCACCCUGGCACACCGCUGGGACUGCUCCGACUUUGAGGACAUUGAGGAACGGCCGCGCCCUGAGUUUGUUGCCAUGGCCCCCAUGACGAUGAGGAACCCUAUCACUGGGGUGGAGGAGCCCUAUUUCCCUAAGCGGAACCAGAUCCAUCGCAUCCUAGCUGGAUCAAUGGUCAUCAUCAUGAUGAUUUCAGUGGUGGUUAUGUUCCUCAUCUCCAUCAUCCUCUACCGGGCCAUCAUCAGCCUCCUGGUCGCCAGUUCUAGGGACUUCCGCUUCGUGGCGUCAGCAUCACGCAUUGCCAGCCUCACGGGCUCAGUAGUGAAUCUCAUUUUCAUCCUCAUGCUCUCCAAAAUUUACAUUGCACUGGCCCAUUUCCUGACCAAGUGGGAGAUGCACCGGACACAGUCCAAGUUCGAAGAUGCUUUCACCUUCAAAGUGUUCAUCUUCCAGUUUGUCAAUUUCUACUCUUCUCCCAUAUACAUUGCCUUCUUCAAGGGCAGGUUUGUCGGCUACCCAGGGCACUACGGGACUUUGUUCAGUGUCCGCAAUGAGGAGUGUGGCCCUGGUGGUUGUCUCAUCGAACUUGCCCAGGAACUGCUGGUCAUUAUGGUAGGAAAACAGAUGAUCAACAACGUGCAGGAAAUUGUCCUCCCGAAGCUGAAAGGCUGGUGGCAAAAGUACAAUCUUCACUCCAAGAUGACCAGCAACGAAGCCUCCUCAGCCCCAGUCCCACCAGCGCCCUGGCAGAGCAACUGUGAGCUGUUGGUGCCUGAGGGGCUCUUCGAUGAGUACCUGGAAAUGGUCCUGCAGUUUGGGUUUGUCACCAUCUUCGUGGCUGCCUUCCCCCUGGCACCCCUCUUUGCCUUGCUCAACAACUGGGCGGAGAUCCGCGUAGAUGCACAGAAGUUUGUCUGCGAGUACCGGCGCCCUGUGGCUGAGCGGGCCCAGGGCAUUGGCAUCUGGUUUUAUAUCCUGGAGGUCAUCACCAACCUGGCAGUCAUCAGCAAUGCCUUCCUGAUCGCCUUCACCUCAGACUUCCUACCCCGGCUCUAUUAUCAGUACACCCAUGCCAGCAACCUCCAUGGCUAUGUUAACUUCACCCUGGCAUAUGCCCCAGACACCUUUGUCUCCCAGUACAACAUCACGUGCAGGUACCGGGCUUUUAGAGAAGCGACUGGCCAGUACUCACUCGUCCACUGGAACCUACUAGCCAUCCGCCUGGGCUUUAUCAUAGUGUUUGAGCAUGUGGUCUUCUUUAUCACUCGGUUGAUAGAACUGAUGGUUCCUGACCUCCCAGAGUCGGUGGAGAUCAAGGUGAAGCGUGAACGUUAUCUGGCCAAGCAGGCGCUGGCUGAAAACCAGGUCCUCCUUGAGGCAAAAGGAGGCCUAUCCAAAUCCAGCACAAGAACAGCAGCAAACAAGGACUGGGAGGCAGCAUAACUACGGGAAGGCAGGGAGACUGUUACAGCAUCACCCACUCAAGAGGAUCAGCUGCUGUAGCAGCCUUGUUGAAACAGAAAACAAGGCCCCACAAAUGACAGCCACUCCUCAUCAGCUGCAAAGGGAAGAGUCAUUCAGCUCUAGAGCAUGAAGAUGUU